UCAACGGCCAGGCAGCCAGUACAACCAGAUUCGUAGAAUUGGCAAUACCUGAGAAAGUCAGUUUCUGUCAGCCAUUUCGAUCUUUGGUCAUCACUGUACACAAAAAGGCCGUGUAGAAAACCCACCUACCGCUUGGUUUUCGCAUUUCGUGACCCCCGCCAACAAGAUGCUGUCAAUCCUAAGAAAAGCGAAGCUCAAGGACAAGGAGCUUCGCAUCCUCAUGCUAGGUCUUGACAAUGCAGGCAAGACGACGAUUGUCAAGAAGAUCAUGAAUGAAGAUGUGAACACGGUCAGCCCAACACUCGGGUUCAUCAUCAAAACCAUCGACUAUGAGGGUUACAAGCUAAACAUUUGGGAUGUUGGCGGUCAAAAAACGCUGCGGUCGUACUGGAGGAAUUACUUUGAAAAGACAGAUGCGUUGAUCUGGGUCGUUGAUGCCACGGACAGGCUGCGCAUCCAGGACUGCAAAGAUGAACUCCACGGUCUGCUCCAGGAAGAGCGACUGUCGGGAGCAAGCUUGCUUGUGUUUGCCAACAAGACCGAUGUAAGGGGGUGCAUGUCUGAGGACGAGCUGCGGGAAGCUUUGCAACUCGAUGAAAUCAGGACGCAUAAGUGGAAUAUUCUGCGGUGUAGUGCCAUGACAGGAGAGAAUCUCAAGGAGGGCUUGGCGUGGGUGGUUGAAGAUGCAAAGGCUCGUCUUUUCCUGUACUAGGACAAAGAGCUGGUUAGUGGUUGGAAUGAUGGCCCGCAAGGCACGGGCCGUAUCCGAGAUGUAAGACGAUGUUUGGUUUCGCUUGUCUGUUUUGCCCUGAGGAUACGAAGCGAU